CAUGCUGGAGAGGUUCUUUCAGCUUUAAGAUCAAAAGGCAAAAACAAACUCUUUGACGAGAAAGGUGUCUUUGGGUGAGUAUGCAGACAUGACUUUCCCAAAGGAUUCCAUGACAUAAAGCAUGGUGAAAGAAUAUCAUACUCUGUUUAUGAGCUUAAGAGGCUUAGAAGUCUUAAUGAGAGCACCAGAAACAGAGUAAUCAUCAUGUAUGACAUUGCUUGUCUAUUAGCACACCAUUUGAAGUGUUCAUCUCAGGAAAGCCUCUUGGAAGGUGUUGAUGUUGCCAUACCCAUAUUCCAUUCCUAUGGGCACAAGGCAUCAUGCCAGAUCCAGUACAGUCCAAGAAGGAUCAAGGGAACUGGAUUGACAGAUGGUGAAGGGGUGGAAAGGUUAUGGUCCUUUCUGCGAAGGUUUUCCUCUGUCACUAAAGAAAUGAGUGCUCACAAAAGGACAGAUGUUUUGACUGAUGGGCUUCUUCACUAUGCCCAACAUUUGUAUCACAAAUUUGGUGUUACUCUAAAAGCAAAGUUUGCAAGGGCAGAAAUUCUUCUACAGGAUGUCAGUGCAAAGCUUAAGGAACUCACUGAAAAACUUCCAGAUUGUGAUGAUGAUGUGAUACAAGAGUGGCAAAAGGAAGAAGUUGAAGCACUGAAACCAAAAGAACACGGAUUAAUACUGCAGUGGGACGAAUCAUAUGUCAGCUUGCUCCUCAUGUCUAAAAAACUCAGAAAUGAAUUGAGCUGUGUACAAGAUGAAGAUCAAGGGAAAGUAAAAGAUGUUGAAAAGAAAAUCAAACGGAACGAGAAGGCCAUAGUAGCCAUGGAAAAGAAGCAUCACAUCAGAGAAAGAUGGUCCGAUCUGUCUCGUGUGUUUGUAACCGUUAAGUUACGUCUCUACGAGAAGAGAAAGAGCGAACUCUUGUUGAGUUUACAUUGCAUGGCAUCCGAAAGAUGUUUCUUGGUGGAAUUGAAGCGAAAAUAUGCUGAUGGCCAAGCAAUUGCCAUAAAGCUCGCAAAGCAGAUCGACAAAGUCGUCAAGUCCAUUCACAAAACUUUGUCCGAAAUAAAUGGGUAUCUUCCCAAUGAUGUACCCCAAAUUCUUUAUGACGAUGCUAAGGAUCCUAAGAGCAGCAUUUACUCUGAAGUCCAAGAGGAAGGGGACACCGUUCCUGCUCUUGUUAGGAGGCAGAUAAUUGACCUUUUCUGCUUACACAACAGGUGUCAGGAAGAGCUUGAACUGUUGAAGGAGGAAAUGAAUCGCCCUGUCUCUUUUCUCCAAAACGAAAUCAGGCUUAUAGACGAAUCAGUGGAUGCGUAUCUGCCUUACACUGAUAACCCUCUUAAUGCAGGAGUGAUAGCUUGUCUUAAAAAGAAACGGAUGAUUCAUUGUAAUCACAUUUCCUCGCUGCUGCUUUUAUGGGGUGGUAUCUUGGAUUCCCCUAAACCUAUUGCUCAUGCUGAGGUAGCAAAAACCUAUGCUAAUUUGAGUGGUAUCGACUAUCCUCUAGAUGACGAGAAAUCAGACGAAUCGAUGAUGGAGGAAGUUGUGGACGAUGAGGCCUUUGUGUUGGAACUGACAUCAGACAGCGAAUUAUCCGAUAAUGAAUAAAACUCAUUUUGUCGCUGGCGCUUGCCAAAACCAUACAGAAACAGCCUCUGUUUUGUUUAUGUGCGCGUGCCAAUAGCGGGUAAACUUCUCGGAAAACCCAACAAAUAUCAAUACAUUGUGUAGGAUUAUACUGACUGGCCAAGCAUCACAAUAUGUUUUAAUAAAUUCUCACCGAUGGCAAAUUUCAUCUCGGUGGUGAUUUGUAGCAGUUUUUACGUUAUUAGGAUUAUACGUAGCAUGUGUAGACGGCGUAUUUUAUAUGCUGAUCGGUGCCGAAGCCCCCUCAACGGACACUCGUAAGUGGACAGCUGUACUUACCCACCUAGUCAAAACUCCAUUUUAUUAGACUCCCAUACAAACUCUGUAUUCUGAUAUUAUUAAAAAUCAUGUUUGUAUGGAUUGGAGUUCACUGGAGGUACAAUUGUAGGCGUGGAACAGAUGUCGGACCAUGAGUCACCGUUAUCAAUUUUGAGAGGUCCACCA